AUUAUAAGAUGCACCCAGAAGAUCGGUAUUACCCUUCCUUUUAUGGGGAUGGCUUGACCCCAUACCUCCAGGACAGUGGCGCACACACUGACCGCUAUGCACAAUUGACCACGGUAAAGGAACUGAAAAGCCCAGAUAAGACAGGUGAGGCUCAUGAGUUGAACCAGUUAGACAGCAGCUGUAGAAGUUUGAAUGGCUAUCCUGAUAAUCUGUCAACUAUCAGUGAUUCCUACAGCAAGUAUGUCAGCAGCCCACAGAACAAACAUGAUGACACAAAACUGCAAGAGAAGUUUGGGCUUUUACAAAAUUCAAGAGAACAAAGCACAGGUCCUGAAACAAGUCGAUUGAACUGGAGCAAAGCCCCCAUAGCUGCCAGCAAUAGUCUGGAGAGGGCCAGAUUUUUUAAUCAUUCUAAUAGAUACAGAGGGCAAGCUGAUGAUGAGGUAGACAAGCAGACACCACCUACUGCUGCCCAGCAGACAGAUCAGGACCCCUCUCUUCCAUCAAAGUCCUUUACACUGAAAUAUAGGACAGUGGAGCCCAGUGAGCUGAAGAUACACAACCUUGAAAGUGCUAACAGGAUGUUAACCAUUACAGAAUCAAGUGGCUUCGUGACAACCAGGACCACUCAGUUGUCAUACCCCCCUCGAUUGGCUACAGAGAAGUCAUGUGAUCACAUAUUGCAGCAUCAGAGAAGAAACAACACAAAGACUGGUAGAGAUUUCAACAACACAGGGGACUUCCCUUCUCAGCAGAAAUCAGCACGUACAGCUUCACUGGGUCAUCAGCAGCAGCUGGUGGCUGGUCAGAACCUAGGUCAUGUCCAUCAGUGGCCUCAUGCUCUGAGCCUGGACCACCGUCCGCCAGGUCACAGCUUGCCGGACUCUAAAGCAUAUACAAAUGAAGUUUACAUGAAUCCGCGGGAAAUCCAGAAGGCAAGACAAGCAAAGCUCCAGGAAGGAGUCGCACUGGGAGUGGCAGGUCAAAGAGCAAGGAGUACACUUGAUGAAACUGUGAAGACACUUUACAAAACUGUGGAUACACUUGACAAAACUGUGGACCUUGACCAAACUGUGGACCUUGACCAAACUGUGGAGACACAUGACAAAACUGGGGAGACACUUGACAAAACUACACAUGACAAAACUGUGGAGACACUUGACAAAACUGUGGAGACACUUGACAAAACUGGAGAGACAUUUGACAAAACUGUGGAGACACUUGACAAAACUGGAGAGACACUUGACAAAACUGGAGAGACAUUUGACAAAACUGUGGAGACACAUGACAAAACUAUAUUUACAUAUGUUUUGGGGUUGUUAAAAGGUUACCAUUCUAGUGUGCAGUUAAUACUCUCAGCCAGUGACCAACCCCUCUACAAGGUGUGCAGUCAAUACUCUCAGCCAGUGACCAACCCCUCUACAAAUUUACUCGUAACCCUAAUUGGUAAACUACAGUAUUGUAAUCCUAAUCG